AUGAAAAUGUACUCGUACAUAAUUAGUGAGGAAUAACUGGACAUUAUUGAAUACAAUAAAUAUCUUUGGGUACCAUGUUUGGUUUGCUAACCUAAUCAAAUGGUUUUCAAAAAACAAAGAAAUUAUAUUUAAAUAAUCAAAUGUAUCGUAAAUUCCACAUUAAUAAUAUCAUGGGACUUUUAUUAUAUUACGUACGAAAUAAAGCCGAAUUAUAUGAAUUAUGGCUUAUCUAAGUUUAUCAUAAAUUAUUCAUUUCGAUUAGGCAUUCUUAUUGUUGUCAAUCACUAUCUAAUAUUUGACUAUUUUUUUGGUUUUUUCAAAGAAAUCACCAAAGUUGAAAAUGUCAUCUUCUAUGAGGAUUGGUGGAAUGCAGAUGGCUUUGGGUAAUUAAAUAGAAAGUGGAAUAAACAAGUCCACAAUUUUCUUAAAAUCAAUAUUUAUUAAAGGUUGAGCAAAAAGGGAAACAAUACAAAGGCACUCUUAAUGACUUAUUUGGUUACAGCCUUGCUACAUGAAUAUUGCAUUAAUGUCACACUCAAAACCUUGAGAUUGUACUUUUUAUUCUUCAGUUGCUUCUAAUUCAUAUUAAUUCCAUACCAGAAAUACAUCCCAUUUCCGAGAUUUGUACUUUUCAGUUAGAUCCUAUUUGGCAACAGCCUAUUGAUAUAUUUAUAUACAUAUUAUUGA